GGAGUACAUAAGGUUAGUUUAUAAAAUAGAAUUUCGGGUUAUUUUUGAGUUCUUGAGCAGUAGCGGAACGGGGUCCUUGUUGAGAGAAGACCGCCUUGGAAGAAAAGCCCUUGCGGCUUAGAUUCCUACAUAUACAUUAUUUGUGAAUCAGAAUUAGGUUUCACAUCUUUGAUCAUCUUCUGGGUCUCUCUCAACAUCACAUAAUUUUCUUCCGGUUCCGAUUUCCUACAGGAAGAAGGUUAGUUUCACUUGAAUAUUGUCUCCUUUAGUUGUUAUUUUUGGGAAUUCCGUGCUGAAUUUUCAUUGCUUUUCCUGUUUUGAUGUUUCUAGUUUGGCGUAGAAAGUUUUGGUUUUAUUGGUCGAAAGACAUGGGUUUUUAGGUUAAUUUACGUGCCUCUUUAUAUCUCACGUGAUUGUUCCAAUUCUAUUCUAGGUUUAGGCUUUGCUUCAUAACUACGAUUUUCUCCUGAAUUUUAUUUCUUCGUUUUUUCCCCUUUUAAUUAUUUGUUCGAUGAUGCUACAAAAUUUGCAUAAGGUAGAUCAAUGCCCUACCAUUUGUGAAUUUUCUUACUGUUGUUGUUGAGAAAUUGUUACUUUUCCUUUCAUAUCAUUGUUGUACCUAGGUGCUAACAAUGUGUGUGAUUGGUGCAUUGAAUUGUGAAAUUAAGACUAAGUUUUAGACGUUUUACUUAAGUAGCUGAAGUGUAUUAAGGAGUUAUAAUUAUGCAUUCUGGUUAUCAUUGAGGCUUUAACCUUGGAUGGAAACAUAGAGUUACAUGAAUCAGCUGAACUUGUGUUGUUGGAAGAGAGGAUGAUGUAACAAAAGGGAGUGCUUGAAACCCUGAUUGAGAAGUUUUCUGUGAACUUUUUGGAAUUCCUCCAUUCAUGGGUAUCUGGAUUUUAGGAGUUGUGAAAGACUAGCCUGAGCAUGGUAGUGUAAUGUUAUGAUACUACUGGUUUGUUCUUAAUAUAAGUUUUCUAUGACUAGUUGAACGCAGAAUUUUAUUAGUGUCCCUUGUCAAAGGGACAACUGCAAAACAAUGUUCUCAUUGUUCUGGGAUUGUAUAUAUCCUGCUUUUUUAACCCCCUUAUUCUUGCUUCAAAAAAAUCAAAUGUUAAAUGGCACUGCUAAGGUCAAAUAUAUGGAAAAUGUAACUUCCAGAAUGUAUUUUGUGUAGGCGCAAUGAUUAACCUUUUCAAACUAAAGGAUAAGCAGAAAGAGUCGGCUGAAACUGCAAGAGGUUUUGCAAAGAAGCAAUCUGCUGGCGAAUUACGUGUUCAAAAAGACAUGAGCGAGUUGAACCUUCCUAAAACAUGUAAGAUCACAUUCCCAAAUGGCAAGGAUGACCUGAUGCACUUUGAGAUCUCCAUUCGGCCAGAUGAAGGGUAUUAUCUGGGAGGGAAUUUUCUCUUCAGUUUUGAGGUGCCCCCCGUCUAUCCGCAUGAACCUCCAAAAGUCAAAUGCAAGACCAAGGUCUAUCAUCCUAACAUUGAUUUGGAGGGAAAUGUUUGCCUCAAUGUACUUCGUGAAGAUUGGAAACCUGUCCUCAACAUUAACACUAUUGUUUAUGGACUGACUCAUCUCUUUACGGAACCAAAUCACGAGGACCCUCUAAAUCAUGAUGCUGCUGCGGUUCUGAGAGACAACCCCAAGCUAUUUCAGUCAAAUGUUAGGAAAGCUAUGGCUGGUGGACUAGUUGGGCAGACAUAUUUUACGAGAUGUAUGUAG